GCCACACCUCUCUUUCUUGGCGUUGUGUGUGGUGAUCCUCUACCUUCUCUUUUAUCCAGUUAUUCUUUAUGUUGCUCUUUUAGCAGAGGGACAAGGAGCCGAGUUCUUAGAGAAAGAGAGGUAGAGGGAGUAUAUCUCUUCUCUUACUGCCCUCCUCUUGGCCUCUCUCUAUAAUUCCAGAGAGAGAGAGAGAGAGGAGUUUCCAUUCACCUCCCGUCCCCCUUUUGUGUUUGGGGAGAGAAACAAAGAGAAAGUUGUCAAACAAAAUACCAAACCUACUCCUCUUGGACUAGAUCAAAUAUGACAACAAGUACCCAGGGCCAAGCAGUCAUUCCCGAGGAGCCCACCACUAACAAUCACUUGAAUGAAGCCCAACCCAUUUCACAUCAAUCCUCAUCCUCUUUAUUGUCAAAAGGACUCCUUGUUGUAGGUGAUAAGAUAUUUCCAGGACCUGCUGAUGUUUCUUCUCUGGCUAAAGAAGAUGAGCAGUCUGGAACUCACAACUUACCAGACGUUGAAACUAUGGGAUCUUCUUCUCGGCCUAAUGGCGUCAUCAUUGAAAAUGGAGGAGAGACGAAUGUGCACUUUGUAUCAUCAAAGGAAGAGGUGUUACCCACGGAACCAGAGAAACAAAAACAAGAUGGAGGGCCUGUUGGGGGAGGAGUUACCCCGCCCAUUCAGGACUCUCAAGACGGAGUAAAGAAGAAGGUUCUGGAGACCUUGGAGGUAGAGGAACACAUUGUUAACACGUCUCCUACCGGCCGUUUCGUGAAAUACGAGCAAGAGAUCGGAAGAGGAUCGUUUAAGACUGUCUAUAAGGGACUGGAUACUGAAACUGGUGUAGCUGUGGCGUGGUGUGAACUACUGGAGCACAAGUUUAAUAAAGAGGAGCAAUCACGGUUCAAGGAAGAGGUAGCCAUUUUAAAGACUCUCAACCAUCCUUACAUACUGCGUCUUUUUGAUUCCUGGGAGUUUGUACGUCAGUCAGACAAGAAGAGGGUCCUUGUACUAAUCACAGAACUCAUGACGUCCGGAACUUUAAAAAGUUACAUGAGGCGUUUCAAGUCUAUCAAGCCGAGGGUUAUUAGGAGUUGGGGUCGUCAGAUCCUUCGCGGUCUCUCAUUCCUCCACACUCGAACCCCUCCUAUCAUCCAUCGUGAUCUAAAGUGUGACAAUGUGUUUAUCAAUGGUACCACUGGACUGGUCAAGAUUGGUGACCUCGGACUAGCCACACUGAAGAGAUCUGAUGUGAAGACUGUUAUAGGUACUCCUGAGUUUAUGGCCCCAGAGAUGUAUGAUGAGGUUUAUGAUGAAUCAGUUGAUGUUUAUGCCUUUGGUAUGUGCCUCCUGGAGAUGUGCACGCUGGAAUAUCCUUACCAAGAGUGCAGUAACCCAGCACAGAUUUACAAGAAAGUCACUUCUGGAGUUAUGCCUAACUCACUCAAUAAAGUCAAUGACCCAAUGCUUAAAGAAAUCAUUGUAGCCUGUACCAAACUGAGCAAAUCUGCUAGGUAUACUGUAGAGAUGCUACUCAACCACGAGUUCUUUGCCGAAGGUGAUGUGAAGGUUGAAGUGAUGACGGAGCCCACUCCGGCCGAUAGCGUGAUGGUACGGCUGGUGGUCCCUCGGACUAGCAAAGAAAACAAGAAGAACGAGCAGGAGAGCAUUGAGUUUGCUUACAACCUUCAAACUGACAUACCAGAAGACAUUGUUAAUGAUAUGGUUAAAUCAGGAAUAUUGAGAGAGGAAGAUAAGAAGAAUGCUAUACGCUCAGUGAGGGAGCUUACUGAUCCAUUGACUGAUCCAGCUAAACAAAAGAGACAACAGAAACCUGCUGCUACUGCUGGCGCUACUGCCCCUCAUGGCAACCCACCUGUUCCUGGUAACGGUGCUGCUGGUAAGGAAACUGGAGAGGGUCUUUCACAUCAGCUUCUGUCCAACGAGACUACUCCAACACCACAGGAGAUUGAACUCUCAGCAAACAGGGCAAAUUUCCAACGUCAGCUUUCAAGUGCAAGUGAUGAAAUGUCGUCUGAGCCUUCAGGACCGAAGCACACUACAGACCGGACAGGACCUUCAGCUCAAGUUAAUAAUACCGGAGUGGGUGGGGCUGGGGGAGGAGUGGGGAGUGAGGGACCUUCCGCUAGCAACUCCCCUAACGUCCCUCACAAGAUAACGGGAGGAACGGCAAUGACCACACCCUCUGAGAACUCGGAAGACUCAGAGAAGGAGAGUGUUGAGGACGAACAGUUUGUUUCUAAGAAACACAGUGAGCUCACCUCCGCUCCUGUUUCAUCUAAAAGUCUCCCUUCCAGUUCGAAAACCUCGCCCAAUUUAUCGAAAGGGAAGGGCGGAGAAGAAGAAAGGGAGGAGCAUCAAUCACUUAGCGCUAAAGGACAAGGAGAUAUUGUUAAUAGAACAUACUCGGAAGAUGUUCACCAAUCAGAUCUUUCCUCAGGCUCAGCCACUAAUAGUACUCAAAGUAUUAAUGUAAAUAGCGUUAGCGAUGCCACGCCCACUGGUAAGGACCUGGCCCGAUCGGCUAGUUUCUAUUCCGGGUCCCAGACUCAGUCUGAGACUCAAACUUUGAUAGCUCAUUCCCAAACCAGCUUGAGUGGUACGGCUGUGUCACAAUCAAUAGCUGCUCAGUCCAGUUCAGGUAGUGCUCAGUCUCAGACGACCUCAAGCAGCAGUAUUAGCAGUGGUUAUCAUUCUCAAUCUUCUUCUGCUCUCGCUCUCUCCUCCUCCUCCUCUACUCCUCCUUCAGUUGAGGCUGAUACCACACAGUCUAAUGGCUCCUCUGGUCCUGGUGGUAGUGGGGGGUCAUUCAGGAGUAAGAAAGGAUCCCGGACUAAGGACAGCAAGCGUAUUAAGUUAAAAUUUAAUGAGAAGGUCAAGGAUAAUGUGAUCAGCUGCUCACUCCAGACCAGUGCUGGUCAGGUCAUUAAUUUUAAGUUUUCCCUUGACUACGACAAGCCAAACGAGAUAUUUAAUAAUCUGGUUAAAACAGGUCACCUAAGCCAGCUUGAAGGAACCGACUUUAUUUCUCAGUUUCAAAAGGUUGUAGACACAGUUCGCAGUAAGAGCACUGUGGACUCUACUAGCAGCGACACUAAGAAGAACCCAGGAGGACCUCUUCGCUCAACCUCAGUCUCUUAUUCUAGCAUUGUCAAACAAGACAGCGACCAAUCAAAACACUCGGAGUCUUAUCAGAAGGGAGGGGCUCGCUCCGACUCCCCUUACGAUGGAAGUGGACAGUUGGGCGGAGUCAAGAGAGAUGGUCUGGCUUUAUCGGAGGCUUCCCCUCACUCUCGGAGGAAGUUUCAAGUGUCCGACGUGUUUGUUGAGAGACCCAAUGAGAAACCAUCAAUUACUAGCCAGGGAUCAGCAGAAUCUAUGACUGUUAUGAGUCCAGUUCAUAGCGAAGACACUUGCAUUCUUCCCCCUCCCUCCUCCUCCUCCUCCUCCUCAGACAAUAAAUCCACUCAAGACCCAACGAGCGUGUUCCAUUCAACCAGUGUCCUGCCCACCUGCACACUGGGCACUGGUGACAAGGGAAAUUUGGGAGACACGCCCUCUUCUGUUGCCACGGGCAACUCGUCGGCCAUUUCUUCUGCAUCUUCAUCGUACUCCAACCUCCAGCCUUCCGGCACUGGCACUAUCACUACAGUUGAGGCCCCUAAUAAGAAGUUUGAGAUUGAAGACGUCAUUGAUCCAGAGACCCUCUCCACGGAGAGUUCUUGUGAAAACCUCAUUCCAGACGAUAAGGCUGAGCCUAAGAACGAAGUCACGCCCACCGAGUCCAGUACUAUCAUUAAGGACGAUGAGUCUACUAGCGUUGAGUUAUCAACUCCGCCCACUUUCAGCGACGAGGACACUCUGACCUACGCUCGGGUAAAAGAGGUGGAGUCUAGUUCAAAGCCCCACCCACCCACAAGCACCAAUCCACCGAUGUACCCUCCGUAUUCCGUUCAACCAGUAGACCCUCCGCAGCCUUUACUCCUGAGCCCUUUCUCUCGUAUCCCGCCCACACAUGGGACCCUCCUUGAGAACCCACUUGUGUUUGAUGGUUUCAUGAAGUUCAUGCAUUACAUGAAACUCUUGUUUGAAGAGCCAUCAAUAGCUGCCCUCCUCCAGCAGAUCAGUAUCAACAACCCUGACCAACCACCUUCCAGUGGGUCCACAGCUAAUGGACACACUCCUUCUAAUGGACAGAGUCCUACUGCUACUAAUGGAUAUGCUCCUGCUCCUGGUUCUAAUGGACAUUCAGCUGUUAACCCAGCCCACAUGCGUCCUCCAGUUACAUCUGUGUCAUCUUCUUCAUUGGGUCAGCAGGUAUACUCACUGGCUAGUGUAUCAGGAGGUGUAGCUCAAUCUUCUGCUAGUUAUGCUAGCCCCAAUGAGACAUUGCCACAAUCUGAUGAUGAAACGGAUGGAGAGCGUCAGCAGUUACUAAGAGAGAUAACCCGGAUAGAAGAGGAGGAGAAAAGAUUAAAGAAAGAUAAGGAAAGGUACCAGGCACAUCUGAGGAGAGGAAGUGCCAUCACUCACGAGUAUACAAAUGUGAUGCCCAAAACCUCAGCUGUUACAUACCCAACCCACCACGUCACAUCCACCUCUUCAGCGAUGCUUAGCUCCGCCUCCCUUGGACCAAAAGACGAGAGAGAACAACAGCAACAACAACAGCAACAACAACAACAGCAACAACAACAACAAAGCCUCCAGCAACAGUUGCAUUAUCAGCAGCAGCAGCAGCAGCUCCAUCAACACUUGAACUAUUACAGUAUUGGUUCUAGCACUGGUCAGAGACCAGGGUAUCAUCCAUUUCAUUAUUACCAGGGAGGCCCACCACUCCACCCUCCCCCUCAUGACACGAGGGACAACGGGUCCCUCCUUUCCCAGCAAAACAACAGCUCCACUUCUAACCUUGCAGCAGCAGCAGCUGCUGGUGAAGCGUCAAGACACAUUGAAGCAGGAAGAGGGACUCCUUAUUAUCCCACGGCUCCAAUUGGUCCCCAUUCUCAUAUAAUGCCUCAAGAAGGGCUACACUUGAUGGCCCCAGGCGGAAUGUGGCUCCCUCCAAGCGAUUGGCCGCAAUACAUGCAUCCUCAUGUACCCCCGGCUCACUUCUCUUCCACAAACCAGGCGAUGAUGCAAGGUUUACAUCACUCAAUCACUCCUCACAUAACUCACCCUCCCCCUCCUCUCUCCUCCCACCUCCCCAUGCAACAAACUUAUCCUAAGUCGCAACAAGCACAACAAGAAGUUCAAACGUACCAGCAGCCCCAGCAGCUCCAGCAAGAGGGAACACUAAACCCUGUGGUUGUACCAGCUGGUAUGACGAGUCCAACGCGUUUGGAAGGUACCGGAGAUCAGGACCUUACUGGGACUUCAGUGACUCAGAAGAGAUGACACAAACCAAACUGGUUUGGUAAUAUGGGGAAUUAGAUCUUUGUAUCAGACUAACAAAGGA